AUGGAAAAGUCGGGAAAACUCCGGGAUCCCCCUCACCUGCACGGCGGGAUCCCGGCAGAGCUUCGGGAAUCCGCCGGGAAUUCCGGCGCGGAUUCCCGGGAAUCCUUCCCGCUCCUCUCCCGGCGCAGGGGGAUCCCCCCGCACCCCACCCCGGAUCCCGGGAAAAGCCGGAGCCGCUCCCGGGGCGCGGAAGGAGCCGGGGCAGGAAGGGGGAAGGAGCGGGAGGCGGAUCCUGCACCAAGGAGGAAUCCCGAUCCCAAUCUCGAUUCCAAUCCUGAUCCCGAUCCCAAUCCCAGAGCGCAACGGGAGGAGCCACGACGCAUGCGCAGCAACGUCCCGAUGAUGACUCGCACGUUGCUCGGCAACGAAGGACGCUCCGUGACGCGCGCAUGCGCAAUAGACAACGCGCAUCACCGGUUGCCGGGUCCCGGUGCCGAUCCCAUUCCCGAUCCCGGUGUCGAUCCCGGUGCCGAUCCCGGUGCCGGUCCCGGUACCGAUCCCGGUACCGAUCCCGGUGCCGGUGCCGAGUCCGGCGCGGACUGGGAGCGCCAGCAGCGAAUCGCCGCCCGCCGGAACCGCAUCGAUGUCCGGCGCCGGGAAGCCCUUGGAGAGAAGGUGGAGCAGGAAGAGGAGGAGGAGGAGGAGGAAGAGGAGAGGAAGAGCCUGAAGCUGGUUGAGGAGACCGAGAGGGCCCUGGCCAAGCUGCUCUUCCACGGGACGCAGCUGCUGACGAAUGUCCAGGUGGAAUCCGACCUCCGGGAAUCGCGGCGGCGGGAAAAGGAGGGGCGGGAGAAGCUGAGGAGGUUGGAAAAGCUGGAGGCGGAAGCCAGGCACGGCACGGAAAAGUUGGAGGAGAUCAACUCCAAGUGGGCCCUGGUGGGGGACGUGAGGAUCCCGCAGGAAUUGUGGGAGCUGCUGGAGCAGCAGCAGGAGCAGUGCCAGGAGCUCCUGGCCGGGAAGAACCGGCUCAUCCGAGAGCUCCAGGAGGCGCUGAAGGCCAAGGAUGAGCAGUACGAGCAGGCCCUGAAGGAGCAGGCGGAUGCGAUCCGGGUGCUCCUGGAAAGGAUGGAAGAACAAACCAGGAAUAUACUCAAAGCCUACCGCCACAACCUCCGGCAGAUCGAGAAAACGUUCGAGGAGGAGCGUCGGGAAAUGCUGGUCAGCAACCGGAAGAGGUGGAAUGAGGCCAUCCGGGCCCACAACGAGCAGGAGCUGGAAUUCCUGCGGAAGCAGAUGGACAAGGCGCUGGAUUUCGAGCGGCAGCUGAACGAGCUGCAGGAUGAGAGCCUGGAAACCUACAGCAGCAUGAAAUUCCAGCUGGAACAGGACGUGCAGUACCUGGAGAAGAAGCUCCGGCAGAUGAAGGGGAUUUACCACCUGAACCAGGUGAAGCUGGAAUACAACCUGGACGUGCUCCGGCAGCUGGACGUGGAAAAUUCCACGCUCCGAUCCCAGCAGAAAAGGAAAAUCAACCGAUUGCGGACGUCCCUGGAACUGCUGAGGGCCAAAAUGGCCCAGCAGGAGAUGAAAUUCCAAGAGGACAAGCAGAGCCUGGAGUCGGAGCUGGAGCGGGUCACGGGGCAGUUCCAGGAGACGCGGAACCGGAUGAGGCAGCUGAUGCGCAGCAGCGCCGAGAAAUUCCGUCAGGUUUGGAUCGUGAACGAGGAAGAGGCCAAAGCGCUGAUCCGGGAAGCGCUGGAUGCCGAUCGGAUCAUCCACGUCCAGCAGCUGGGAAUGCCGUGGGAAGAGCCUCACUUGUGGUUCAUGGAUAACGUGGGGCCCCUGGGACGCGCCCAGGAAAAGGGGGAUGCCAUGGAGCUGGCCACGAAGCUUCUGGAAGGGCUCAAGUCUGGCAAACCGGAGCAGGAAGGGAGGAGGAGUAAGAAGAAAGGAUCCCGGAGCGCAGAGGGAGGGAAGGAAAACCAGGAAAGGAUCGAGAAAAGAAUCACAUCCCGGCCAGGCAUUCCCAGGAACACCCUCCGGAAAAUCCUGGAGGUCGUGAGCAAGGAGUCGGAAUUCCUGCUGGAAAACAAACUCCUAAAGCCGCUGAGGGAGGUGGUGGGACCCAGGAACGACGUCCAGCAGCUCCGAUCCAUCUUCGAGGCCCUCCGGAUCGAGGACGAGGACGAGCUGCGCGCCCUCGUGGAUUUUUUCCUGGACUACGAAUCCCACCACGCGCCCAAGAUCCAGGUCAGCCAGGCAGAAGAUCCUGCGGAUCCGGCUGAGGAGCGAGGGAAGAGCGGAUCCCAUUCCCAGCGGGAUCAGCGCCAGCCCCUCGGGAGCACCCCUCGCAUCCCGUCCAUCCAAGAGGACCAUGUCCUGACAAUCCUGAGGGAAUUCCUACAGGAAUUUGUCAAGCUGAGGUGGGAAUAG